AUGAGGCUAAGUUGGGGUUUGACCGUCUCGUGUAUACUCUUCUUCACCUGUAUCUGCGUAGCCCAGGACCAAUGCUACGCCCCGAACGGUCAGACUGACGACAACUUUUUCCCAUGCGACCCGAACGCUACACACAGCACAUGCUGCAAUGGUCGCUCGACCUGUCUCAGUAACAAGCUGUGUAUGGGACCGGACGGGAACCUAAUCAGGGGACUCUGUACGGAUAAAAACUGGCAAUCCCCCGAGUGCGCCUACUACUGCAUGAGUGCGAUCCGCGGCGGCCACGAUCUCAUCUCCUGUUCCAACGUCACCAACACCGACACCUCUUUCUGCUGUGACGGCCACCGUGCAUUCUGCUGCGACGACGGCGUGGCGCGGUUCAACGUGUUACCUUCCAAUCCGCAGGCCUGGGCAACCUGGGACAAUUCCGCAUCACACUUUGUCGUCGUCCAAGACCUGAAAACUACCUCAACAGGAAGUCUACCAGCCGCCACCGGAACGAGCACCACCCCAUCAACAACUCCCCCAGCCGCAACCACAGACAGUGACCAAACCCAAUCCGCGCCCACUUCACCCACCGCCACGGACACCAGCACCCCAUCCGAAUCGCCACAAUCCACCACCCUACCCAUAGCCGCGCAAGCUGGCAUCGGCGUGGGGAUUGGCGCCCUGGCGAUCGCCCUCGCCGCGGUAGCAUAUCUGCUGUGGAAGCUCCGGCGGAGCAAAAAGGCCCUCCUCGCCGAGAAAGAGCAGUCCAACAACGGGGCGGGGGCCUUGGGAUACCUUCACGCGGCAACAAUACGCCACUCCUGGAGUUCCUCUGCCGCCGGGUAA